GACAUAUGAUUCGGAGUUUGCGUCCGACCGUCGAAAACGAAAACCAAAUUCAUUCAUUUUCGGGUUCUCGGUAAAGCCAAUCGCGUAAUUGGAAUCGUUCCAACAUUUGUUUACGUUCGCUGCGAUUAAUCAGCACUUCGGCUUAGCCGUGUAUUCCUUUGUUCUCGCCUGUGUUUCACAUUCGCGUACUCCAGUGAUUCUUUACAUAAAAUAUACGUUUUGGUUGUUAAUAAUGGGCUCCCUUCAAGCUGAAAGCGAGGAGAAGCAGGAGAUGGACGACAGCGGCUGCAUACAGGACGAAACGCCACCGUCGAAACGUUACCCCAACGGGGUCCAAGGGGUCCAACUCCUGGACCUCUCAGAUGACGUCCUACUGAUGAUACUGCGGUACCUCGCGCCAAGAGACCUCAGAGCGUUGGGAUAUACCUGCCCCCGCCUAGGCGCGCUCAUACUGGACCGCUCUCUCUGGCAAACCGUAGACGGGCGCGGGCAGCCGUGGGGCCGCGCGCGGCUCCGCUGGUACCUAGCGCGCGCGCUGCACGCCGGCACGCGCGAGCUGCUGGUCAGCGGCUACGCGAGGGAGGCGACAGAUAGACGCGGGGCCGCGCGCGGCUCCGCUGUAGACGCGGGGCCGCGCGCGGCUCCGCUGGUACCUAGCGCGCGCGCUGCACGCCGGCACGCGCGAGCUGCUGGUCAGCGGCUACGCGAGGGAGGCGAGAGAACGCGGGGCCGCGCGCGGCUCCGCUGGUACCUAGCGCGCGCGCUGCACGCCGGCACGCGCGAGCUGCUGGUCAGCGGCUACGCGAGGGAGGCGAGAGAAUGCCUCGGCCACGUCAACCAGACGAGAGAGGAGAUAGAGGCAGCGAAAGAGAGGGGAGAUAAGGACAACGGGAAGGAAGAGGACAACAAUAAUCAGCCCGACGAACGGAGGGAUACAUUUGCAGCACAACGGGUCAUAGAGGUCCCGGCGCUGGGUCCCAACGCUCAGCUCUACAUAGAUGACCAGAGAUCAGACUCUCCAGAAGCGCUCGCCUGGCCGCGUCCAUCCGACCCCAUAAUCUCGGACAGCACGUGCCCAGGGCCCCAGUUCACACUGACGCCAUCCACGCUCCGGCAGCUGGCCGACACGUGCCCGACGCUCACAUCCCUCGCGCUAGAGUACUGCAACAUCAACUGUAACUGUACGAGCAUCAGCAUGUUUCCACCGACCCUCAAGAAGCUGUCACUCCGCGGGUCCAAAUGUUACAACCUGCCCCUGGAUCGCUCCUUCUUGUUUAAGAUACAGGACUCGCUGCCCGAUUUGGAAUCGCUGGACGUGAGCGAAUGCGAGUGGAUGGAGCCAGCCACCCUACUCCCCUUGAGCAAGCUGCCCAUAUUAAAACACCUUUACGCUCGGGAUUGCCUGCGGUUGACCGAGUUCGUGGCGUACGCCUCUCUAGCUACUAGAUACGGGUUCACUAAACUACAGUCACUAGAUCUCCGGGGCUCCCCCGUGGGCGACUCCGAGGUGUCGGCGCUGGGCUGGCUGGCCACGCUGGGGCGCCUGUGGCUGUCCCCCGCGCCGCCCCCCCCUCCCCCCGCGCAACACGCGCACCAGCACCGGGACCCCCCGCCCGCCGCCGCCAGCCUCCAGGACCAGUGGGAGGACCAGGAACCAGAGUACUUCAAGUUAAAGGAGCCAGACUACGACGACACGAAUACUCCUGAAAAGUGUUCAGACGAGAACAAUCAUACUUGGCAGGCCAAACUUAAUGGCACAUCUUCGGAUUACAGCAGCUCAUUACCGACUGUCCUCAGCUCUCCGACGAUGAUCAUUAACGCAUCACCGCUUCGCCCAGGAUCGACCCCAAGGUCCAACCCUCCAAGACCCUCAGGGUCAAGACCUGGGACCUCCAAUGACAGUCCGAUAUUCAACGCAUCUCCAAAUGAACCAAAAGCCUCAUCGUCAAGUCCAACUAUGGUUAUACAUGCUUCACCAACACGACCAAGCUCUUCCAAUGACCAAAGAUCAACAAUAUCCUGUCUAUCUAUGUCUCCUAAUAUAUCAAUAACUCCUCGACCAAACCUUAGUCCACCAAAAACGUGUUGUAAUAUCAUCACUCCGUCUAGUGUGUUGAAAUCAAGAUCAAAUUCGAACCCCGGACCGUCGAAAGCACAGAAACGAAAGACUGGCUCGCCAAGCCCAGGGCCUUCGAAAAGGAAACGUGAUGAUGAUAGCUCAAGUUCUGAUGAUGAUGAUGUUCCAUUGAAGUGUCUCAUCAAGCCUAAUGUUAAUGAAGGGGCUAGUACUUCGAAAGAAUCGGAAGAAGAGAAGGAAGAUGAGACAGAAGAGGCAGAAGAGAAUGGGCAAGAGGAUGAAGAAGCUCAACCCCGCCACCACGUGCUAUACGUAAACGUGGGCCAACGCCUCCACGCAGUAUACCGCCUGUCCCUGGACAACGAACACGUAGUCUCCUUCAACCGAAACUCUAACUUAAACCACAACACUAGAAACAUAUUCCUAUCACCACCCGGCUCACAUCUAGACGCGUCAUCACUUGUAACAGACUCCGCUAUCCGAAGAUUUGGGAGAGCUGACGGGGAAGAUAUCAACUAUGUCCAUAUAGGCCCGAAUGGACCUUAUCCAGGCGCUCAAGUACCCGGCGCUAGGCCUGACAGGUCUUCUCUUACGCAUCUAAGCGUCACUGGAUUCAGGACUAUUACAGACAGGAGUCUAGAUCACCUAGCGACGUCGGCGCCAUUGCUACAGUUCCUAGAUUUGUCUGAAACUAAUGUAACUGAUGCUGGUGUAGCGGCUUUUAGAAGUUUGAGGCCUGAUUGUGAGGUGAUUUAUAGUAAGUAUGAGAAGAAAGAUUGAAUCUAGUUUAAGCUGGUCGUCUAUAGGCUACAGAUACCCUAGUUAGUAGUGUCACAGAAUAAAUAAUAGUACUACCGUACAGAAAGGACACUUCCUACAAAACCGAAGUUUGACAGCGAUUCAGGGACGAAUCAUGCUAUCUCUUUCUAAUGAAUGGCACUAUCCCUUUCGGCUAUUUAGGGUUGUCAAAAUUCAAGUGAUUAUCUAAUCUGUGGUUGUACACGCAAAAGGACGUCAAGUGGUGCCAACCCUAAUAAUUGCUCGGAGCAAUGCUGAAACGAACGGAGCCGAGUUUGCCCGAAGUCAGGAGUGUCUCCCCUCUGGUAGUGUCGUGGGUUAAGCCUUGCUCAAUUCUUGAAGACUCGAAAGUUGAAGGCUAAAACAAGCCUUGUAUUAAGAAAGAUAAUUCUCUUUGAGCCUUGAAGACGGUUAAGAGCUAACAUACAACAAUACUACUAGCAUUGUAAUGUAUAUGCACAAUGAAGAUCUCUUUAUUUCAAUAGGAAAUAUGCCAACAUACUAUGGAAUAAAAAAAAAUGGAAAUGUAAUUUUGAGUUUACAAACGAAUGGAAGACCCUUUAACACAUUCAUUGCCACUAAGCGCUACGGGUUACGCUCGUAGCGCGUAGCCACGGUUUCGCCGUAUGUAGCGAGUAGUCGCUACGAACAGUGUACCCGAC